GGAAUAUUGGGUAUGUGUAGCCCAGGGCAAUCGAACAUGUUUGCAACGCUGCGUGAUUUAGACAGCCAAAGUAUGGUGGCCACCGAAGCUUCGACAGAGCCACCGCCAUACCAUCGUCCCCCGCAUCUCGUCUGCCAGUUGUGUCGCAGUAAAAAGUUGAAAUGCUCGGGUUUCAGUCCCGAGGGAUGUGCUCGAUGCAGAGCAUCGAACGUCCAAUGCGUUUCAGUGAGCCGGUCAACACGGAAUGGCACCGUUCGGAAGAGCCAGAAGAUUAAUCUCAGGGGUCAACGCCGGGGUCCGUCGAUGGAUUUCCGCUCCGAGCCCAAUCUAUCCACGUCUUCUCCUUCGGAGCACUCGGAUGAUGUCGCUGCGCGCCCAAUGGCACGCUUAGACCACUUUGCAGACGUAGAUCAAGACGCCUGCUUAGAGCCCUUCUCGGCGUAUGAGACGCGGGAUCCGGUGAUACGGGAUUUUCUCCCCCCGUUUCCACCCAGCUAUUCUCCCGGUGGCAAUCCAAGCAACCCAGACAGCGCAGACCAGGCACCCAGCAGGAACAACAGUCCCAGCCAGCACGGACUCCAGACCCUUGAGCCGCUGUGGAGAUCCUUCCCGGACAGUUUAGCGGACGGGCCGUGCUCCGACUUAAACCCCUGUCAAUGUAUCCAACAAGCCCUGGAGAUGUUGGACGAGGUCUACGUGCAGGACUACACACCGGGGCCCGCGUCUCUCGGAGACAACGGAUCCACGUUCCAGAAUUUGGCGACUUUGCGGUCCGGGAUUCAAAAGCUGGAGUCGCUAACCAUCUGCAAUUCGUGCAGGGGAGCGCAGAGGCUGAUGACACUCCUUGUGCUGCUCUUUGAGCGCCUGCUCACCAAUCUCCACCUGAUCCUGGAAGCUUCCUUCCCCAACGCCUUGGUCUCCGGACUCCUCGCGUCUUCUACCUUUGUUCAAAAGGAAAGCCGCGGUGCGUGCCCUGUCACACAUGCGUUUGCUUCUGGAGAAAGCACCUGCUACAACGACCCCGGUGAUGGUACAGAUGCCAUAGUGACGCUAUACUGCGGCAUGUCUAGUUUAGAUGUCACGGCCGAAACAUCGGCACUACUUACUCUCCUUCACCUAACGACCCUGCAGCAACUGCGCCGAGUGCUGUCGAAGUUAUGGGACCGCGCACAGGUACAGCAGUGGACCGGGCAUCUCAAGACGCUGAGACAUCACCGAGGUCAGCUGCAUGCGAUGUACGUUGCCAUGAAAGCCCGGCUGACGGUAGAGUCAAGCUGA